CGUAGCCAGUGUUCUUUCAAACUUGAGAGCUUUUCUUCGGAGGUAACCUUGUUCUUGUAUUCGGUUCAAGUCAUAGCUUCAAGACGCAGAACUGAUUGUAGACCCUUCUUCUUCUACGUUUUGAUUUAUACAAAUGGAUUCUAUUUCAGGCGAAGCAAAAUAUGAGUGCUUGCUCUUUGACAUGGAUGAUACCCUGUAUCCCUCGAGCUCAGGCAUCAACUUGGCUUGCAGGAAGAAUAUACAAGACUACAUGUUGCAUCAUCUUCGAAUUGAUGAAAGCCAAGUUCCACGCAUGUGCUUGGAAUUGUAUAAAGAGCAUGGAACCACGAUGGCCGGUCUAAAGGCACUAGGUUUUGAGUUUGACAAUGAUGAAUUCCAUGCUUAUGUUCAUGGAAGACUGCCAUAUGAAAUUUUAAAACCCGAUCCAUUUUUAAGGGGUCUACUCCUUUCAAUGCCACAAAGAAAAAUAAUAUUCACAAAUGCUGAUAAGGCCCAUGCAGAAGAAGUCCUGAAAGGGCUGGGCUUAGAAGAUUGUUUCGAGGGUGUUAUAUGCUUCGAGACACUGAAUCCACCAGUUCUACCCAAUGAUAGCAAUGAAAAGAUCAAUAUCAAUCGGUCGGAUGAGUUUGAGGAUCAGAUACUGAGUCAAGCAAAAGAAUCCAAAAGUGAAUCACAUACUGAUUCAAGCAUAGCAGAUGGCUCAAAAGCCAGGUCAUCACGUAUUCUUUGUAAACCUUCCAUUGAAGCCAUCAAACUAGCUAUUCAGAUUGCAAAUAUUGAUCCUCAAAAAACAAUCUUUUUUGAUGAUAGUGCUCGAAAUAUAGCUGCAGGAAAGGCAGCAGGCCUUACCACUGUCAUUGUCGGGAGCUCGGAGCUGGUUCCAGGGGCAGACCAUGCUCUCAGUAGCAUCCACAACAUCAAGGAAGCACUUCCUGAGAUAUGGGAAGGCUGGAAACAGUUGGACGCGGUUCUUUCAUCCACUGCAGUUGAAACAGUAGUCCUUGCUUAAGACUUCAUUACCUGAAGACCUACCUACAAAGAUAUCAAGCUAAAGGGACUGUAACAUGUAUCAAUCAAGGAAAUCAAGAGAAAACAUUCAGCCAUAUAACUUCAUGACUAA